AGUGUAGCUAAUUCAGAAAAAAAGAAAAAAAAAAAGAAAAAAGAAAAUGAGUGUAGUUGAGGUUAGGCCUGUGGAUUAUUAGAUUUGCUUUAAACCCACGAUGAAGGCACCCCUAUUUUGGAUCCAGUCGAGUCCAUGUCACAUUCUUGAAAAGAGUCCGCCGAGUAACAGACGCUUUCUUCUUUUUCGUUAGUUUCAAAAUCUGUGCCACUUGCCGCAGCUCAAAAACCCUAAACCCGGAAUCAAUCAAUCUCAUACAAUGCUGGUGUUCUUCUCUUACACUUGCAAUCUCCUCAAACCCAGAAGCCCGUCGCCUCUCCCUUUCACCUCCAUAAUGCUCAUGUCCCAGUCCACCUCUAUCCCUAAAAAACAGGACAGAGUACGCGACCACGGUUUCGACAACUACAUGGAAGUGGAGAAAAAGACCCGGAAAGUCCUCAAAUUCCAAUCUCUCAUUCUUUCCCAGCCAAGUCAAACCUUGCCCAUCUCUCGUUUCGACUCUCUCGCUCGUCGCCUUGGUCUCGGCUUCAAAGAAAACGAAGCCGCUGCUUAUCUCCUUAAAUUCCCCCACGUUUUCGAAAUCUACGAGCACCCUGUUCUCAGAAUCCUCUUUUGCAGGCUAACCCAGAAGGCCCUUCUCCAAAUUGAGCAAGAAAAACAAGCACUCCAUGCCCAGUUACCUGAUGUCGUCACCCGGUUAAGGAAGUUGGUUAUGAUGUCGAACACGGGCCGUUUGAGACUGGAACACGUUCGGAUUGCCAGGAAAGAAUUUGGGUUGCCUGAUGAUUUUGAGUACUCGGUAAUUCUCAAAUACCCUGAAUUUUUUAGAUUGUUUGAUGCUCGAGAUACUAGGAAUAAGUACAUUGAGAUUGUUGAAAGAGAUCCCGAGUUAGCUAUUUGUGCCAUAGAGAAAGUUAGAGAGAGAGAGUACAGAGAAAAAGGACUUGACGCUGAGGAUGUUAGGUUCUCAUUUCUUGUUAACUUUCCGCCUGGGUUUAAGAUUGGUAAGUAUUACAGGAUUGCAGUUUGGAAGUGGCAACGGGUUCCGUAUUGGUCUCCUUAUGAGAACGUAUCUGGUUAUGACUUGAGGUCAUUGGAAGCUCUGAAGAGGAUGGAAAAGAGGGCAGUGGCAACUAUUCAUGAGUUGCUGUCAUUGACUGUGGAGAAGAAGAUUUCUUUGGAGAGGAUUGCGCAUUUUAGGAUGGCGAUGAAUUUGCCUAAAAAGUUGAAGGAUUUUCUGCUUCAGCAUCAGGGAAUAUUUUAUGUUUCAACUAGGGGGAAUUAUGGGAAGCUUCAUACAGUGUUUCUUAGGGAAGCUUAUAGGAAGGGGGAGUUAACUGAGCCAAAUGAUUUGUAUUUGGCGAGAAGGAAGUUGGGCGAGUUAGUUUUGCUAAGUUCUAGGAAGGCAAUGGUGGAUAAGGAACUGGUUAGCUAUAGGAGGGAUACGGAAGUUGAUGACAUAGUGUGUGUUAGACCAGACUAUAUGGAAACUGACUUGAAAGAUUUUGGGGUUGAAUAUGAAAUAGAGCACGAUGAAGAAGGAAAUGAUAGUUUAGAUUCUGAUUUUGUUUCUGAUGACAUAGAUGAGACUCAAUAUUUGGAUGAAAAGGAGGAUACCGUUUAAGUGAAUGACAAGGCCUAAAUUCUGUUAGUUAUUGUCAUUGUUAAUUUUGAAACAGUGAACUUAUAAUUAGCCAGACUUUACAAUGGAAGACCACUCUUUACAUUCAUUAACAUUAAGAAGACAUUUUGGAUUAAGGAUAGUUUUUUGGAUCUGUAGAGUGCAAUGGAUUUCUUUGUUGUUGGUGGAAGUAGCAUUUCUAUGUUAAUGGACUAUUGAAGAAGCCGAAGGCAUCUAUUGUGCAAUUCUUCUUGCCUGUGUUAGUCACCAAUGCAAGAUGUUGGUGGAAAUUUCAGCAGGUAAAUUGAAAUAAGAAGCUCCGUGAAGAUUUUGCACCAUUAAGUUGCUACUGCUAUAGUGUGUUCUUUCUUUCUGUUUGGCAGGAAGAGAAACCAAGAAAAAUAUUGGUCAGGGUUAAGCAGAUGGAUGGAUGGGUGUUCUACUACACAGGAAAGCAGGCCUUUGGCUUGAAGUAGGUGUCCCUGUUCCAUGAUAAAGCGUAUUGGCUUUUUAUUUACAUUUUCCUGUCUAGAGUUCUUUUGCAGAGACUAGAUAAUAGUGAGUCAUUACAAAUGUAGAAUAGGGUCUGAUUAAAUACUAGUAUUUCUGCUGCAAAUGACACAUUAUAUCCUGUUCCUUGAGCGCUUAAGGUUUUAAGGAGAUAAAUAUGGUGGUUUUUAAAGAAAA